AUGUCUACACACUCUAAUUCGGAACUAAAGCCGAAGCCAGCAAUGGAGAACCUCCUCCUCUACAUCCUCACCUUCAACUGCGCCCGCAACCCCAUUGACAUCGACCUAGUCGCCGCCCACUUCUUCCACGCCCUCCCCCCCACCGCGGCCUCCGCACCGCACCUGCUGGUCCUCUCACUCCAAGAACUCGCCCCAAUCGCCUACGCCUUCCUCGGCGGCUCCUACCUAACCCCCUACUUCGACGCCUUCACGCAGGCCGUCGCGCGCGCCGCCGCCGACCGCUGGCAUGAUACGCAGUAUGUCCGCCUGGCCACGGACCACGUCGGCAUGACCGCGCUGAUGGUCUUUGCGCGCGCAGACAUUGUGGCACGCAUUGGCGCCGUGCAGACCGCGCGCGUCGGGCUCGGCGUCCAGCAGAUGGGGAAUAAGGGCGCCGUGGUCGCGAGGCUCACGUAUGCGACCGCGGACGGCGAGCAGCCGGUCGCGCUUACCUUUGUCGGGGCGCAUCUGGCGCCAGCGGAGGAGGCGUUUGAGCGCCGCAAUCGGGACUGGAGGGGGAUUGUGGAGCGGUUGGUGUUUGAGAGGGUGUUGCGGACACCCGGGGGGCAGGAGGAGGACGACGAGGAAGAGGAGGAGUCUGAGCGGGCGGCGCUGCUGAAUUCGGACUCUACGGAUGCGAGUGUGAGUGUAGAUACGGAUAGGGAGCUCACACAUAGCAGCAGCGAGCAGGGCAUCUUCACCCCCGCCGGCUACCUCUUUCUCGCGGGCGACCUCAAUUACCGCACCUCCAACACCCUCCCUCUCCCCGACGACCGUGCGCGCUUCCCGCGGCUCGACACCGACGACCCGGCGCACCCGCUACAUUAUGCGCAGCUACUUAAGCACGACCAGCUCACCCGCGAGCGCGACCAGGGUCGGUGCUUCCACGGCCUGUCCGAGGCGCCGGUUACCUUCCCGCCGACGUACAAGUACCGCAUCGGGGCACGCGACCCGCGCGACUGGGCGUGGACGCGUACGCGGUGGCCCAGCUGGUGCGACCGCGUGCUGUACCUCGAGGACCGGCCGCGGGUGGUGGUGACGACGUACGGGUACGACGCGCUGCCGCUGUUUCCGACGUCGGACCACCGGGCUGUUGCGCUGGCGGCGGCGAUACUGUUGCAGGGGCGGUCGCAGUCUGACGCCGGAGGUGGUGAGAGGAGUGCGGCUGAAUGGCUGGCGCUGGGGGCGCCGUUCCCCAUCGACCGCGACUGGAGACGGAAACGGGAUGAGGCUCGUCGCAAGGAGCUGGUGGUGGGAGGCUUGGCGUAUCUGGGGCUGACCUGGGAGGGCCGGCGGCUGUUGCUGGCGAUGGUGGUGGGCGGUCUGGGCGCGUGGUUCGUGCUGCGGUCGCUGCUCCGCGGUUGA